AUGAUGAGUUCUAAUCAAGAGGAGGUCACUUUGGGCACUUUUCUCCAGUAUAUUGAAGACAUGGGCAUGAAAGCUUAUGAUGGCUUGGUCAUACAGAAUGCAUCAGACAUUGCUCGAGAGAAUGAUCGCAUGAGGAAUGAAACGAACCUGGCUUACUUGAAAGAAAAGAAUGAAAAGCGCCGGAAACAAGAAGAAGCAAUAAAACGCUUAGGUGGUGAAGUAGUGAGAGGAAAUGAAGGGAGCUACGUGGGCAAGCAUUUCCGCAUGGGAUUUAUGACAAUGCCUGCACCUCAGGACAGACUGCCGCAUCCUUGUUCCAGUGGUUUUACUGUGAGAUCCCAGUCGCUUCAUUCAGUUGGAGGAACUGAUGAUGAAAGCAGUAGCUGCUCUCGCAAGCAACCACCACCGAAACCUAAACGAGACCCCAAUACCAAACUAAGUACUUCCUCUGAAACUGUAAAUGCUGGAACAACAAGUAAGAGUGGAAAGCUACCUGACAGGACUGAAGUAUCAGCCAAACCAAGGCCUCACAGUGAUGAAUACACGAAGAAGGUUCCUCCCCCUAAACCAAAACGGAAUCCAAACACUCAGCUAAGUGCAUCUUUUGAUGAGACGUACAUCAAAAAACAUGGCCCCACAAGGUCAACCCUUAGUAGGGAUGCCUCCUUAUCACAGGUCAGCAGCCCUGCUCCAGAUACAGAAGAAGAAGAACCAGUUUAUAUUGAAAUGGUUGGAAACAUACUAAGAGACUUCAAAAAAGACGAUGAGGACCAAAGUGAGGCAGUCUAUGAGGAAAUGAAAUACCCCAUCUUUGAUGAUGGAGGUCAAGAUUCAAAGUGUCCAUGUGAGUAUGACCACCACAGCUGUUCCUCUCAGUGUGCUACUCCCACAGUGCCUGACCUUGAUUUCACCAAGUCCUCAGUGCCAUCCACUCCCAAGGGUGUGCUUUGUGAUAUCCCCCCACCAUUUCCAAAUUUGCUUUCUCAUAGACCUCCGCUCCUGGUAUUCCCACCUGCACCAGUGCAAUGCUCCCCAAAUUCUGAUGAAUCUCCUUUAACACCACUGGAAGUCGCAAAGCUUCCUGUUUUAGAGAACGUGUCUUAUAUCAAACAGCAAGCUGGAGCUUCUCCGUCUUCACUGCCACCUCAUACGCCAAGUCAUCAAAAACUGGAGAAAGACCCAACAGCAUCUCAUGGAACUAGUACUCCAGGGCACUCCUCCUCACCUCCUCAUCCUUCUACCUUAUACAGAACACAGUCUCCCCAUGGCUAUCCUAAAAGCCACUCUGCCUCUCCCUCUCCUGUUAGUAUGGGUCGGUCACUUACCCCCUUAAGUCUCAAAAGACCUCCUCCUUAUGAUUCAGUACAUUCAGGAAGUCUCUCAAGAAGUUCUCCAUCAGUGCCUCAUUCUACAGCCAGAAACAUAUUGCAAGAAGGAGGAAAAAUGGUAAAUGCCUCUGUCAAUACCUACGGGUCAUCAUCACAGAGUAGUUCACGUUCAAGAACACCUACAAGUCCUCUAGAGGAAUUAACCAGCCUUUUUACCUCUGGACGAAGUUUACUGAGGAAAUCCUCCAGUGGAAGAAGAUCUAAAGAGCCUGCAGAGAAACCAUUAGAUGAAUUGAAGAUCCGGAGCCACAGCACUGAACCACUACCAAAGCUGGAAAACAAAGAAAGAGGAGGUCACCUUGGGACAUCUUCCUCCAGAGAGCCAAUAAAAGCUCAGGAAUGGGAUGGGACACCAGGACCCCCAGUUGUGUCAAGUAGACUCGGAAGGUCUUCUGUUAGUCCAACCAUGUUGGCAGGAAAUAAUAGCUCGGUUCUUUUGUUUGAUAUAUAAUGCUACUCCCAGGACACCAGAGACAAAAUAGAACCGAAAGCAAGCUGCAGAUUAGGUCGGUCUGCAUCCACAUCAGGUGUGCCUCCUCCCUCUGUUACUCCUCUCAGGCAAGCCAGUGAACUACAACCGAGCCAGACUCAUCCCCACUGCACCCCCAAUAAGAGAGGGAAGAAACCCACAAGAACCAGGAGAGAACAAGCACUUCCACAGCCUAGUAGCGUACACAAUUACAGUAAAGUGACAUGUAUGCAGUGGUUGCAUGGAGACCAUACAAUGCUGGAAAUGAUUGAGAAAAAGCGUUGCCUGUGUAAGGAAAUCAAGGCACGACAGAAAUCAGAGAAAGGACUUUGCAAACAGGACAGCAUGCCUAUUCUGCCAAGUUGGAAGAAGAACACAGGGACCAAGAAGUACAGUCCCCCUCCAUAUUCCAAGCAGCAAACUGUUUUCUGGGAUACUGCAAUAUGA